UACCAGUUCCAAAGCCUGAGCCUCUAAUAACGUUUCGGUGUCGAAGAACCUGAUUGGCUGUCAAAAUCAAUCGACCGCUCUGGCAGGUGGCGUGCACGUGCAAUUUAUUAAAUACGCGCUUCACAACAUACUCCCACUUCGACCAAGAACAUGUGGUAUCCUUUCCCAGUGCUCAUGCCAUUACCUCUGUCGCCGGAGCCACAGCGUCCAUCAGAUAUUUCACAGACACCCUGUGCAUCAGGGAUGAUUCAGAUACAUAUGGUACCUUAUGAACAACGUUUCCUUCCAAAUGCAAUGAACGGGUUGGCUGCCCCUCCGUCUUUGUUGAUAGAGGACUGCAGAAAAUUCCUUCUCAACAGGUCUGUGUUUGACCUGGUGAAAGUCACCCAUUUCCUGGAACUGACAGACCCCAAGCUGCUGGGUUGGUACUUAUCCCUGCCUGUGGAGGACAGGAAGCUCAUACAAGAGGAAGGAGGACUCCAUCAGUUUCUGCAGAGGCAUCCUGCUCUGGAAGUAGCCAGACAACUGGUUUAUGUUAAACAACAGGUGAGAGGUUGCUGGAAACCUCCUGCUGUUAUGCAGACGAUGUCAUCAAACCUAAACAAAUCCAGAAGGCCCACAUUCUAUGGUGUGAUUCAGUGUCCCAACUGUGGAACCAGUUGUUCCUCUGGAGCUAAGAUAUGCCGACGCUGUAGCACACCUAUCCAGAAGGAGAUCCCGGCAUGCCAGUCAGAAGAGGAGAAAGAGUUAGGUCUUCUUCCCAACAACCUGAAGGAGGAGCUAAAUCUGUUCAACUGUUCAGGGAAUGGAGUCCAGUCAGUCCAAGUCCACCACCAGGUGGCAGCAGGAGCAGUGCAGCAGUUCAGGAGAUGUCAGCCUCAGUCCUUUACUACCACUACCUUCCCAUCCACAGCAGUGGGCUGUCUGGUCAACCUUCAGGAUAGCUUCCAGUCAGCCUGUGGUGAUACCAGUGGCGGCCAUAUUGGAGCCACAGAGAAUUCUCCAGGCCAACAGGAGGCGCACUGCUCCAAGGUCCAGCUGCUCUCUCAGCUGUGGCAGGAUGGCAACAACCGCAGUAGUGUGGUGGUAUGUAAGGAUCCGUCCGCCCAGGCUAACUUCUCUUUGGAUAUGGAGCUGGAGAUACAAAGCCAGAGAGGAAUUAACAGGAGCCAGUCUACCAUCGAAAGCCAGGAGGGUGAGUCCAUGGCCAACUCCAAGUCCAUGCAUGACCAGACGGCAGACUUCCCCAUGUUGGACCGGGAGACUCCUCCAGAGUACUACAGCUUCAAUAGCACAAGGAUGGACCGCACAGAGUGGAACGACACCAGCAUCAACACCAGCCCGUCAGCGGAGCCGGACCACGACGACUCACUAUCACUCAUGGCCACCAUGGGGAGCACUGAGCAGCCUAGCGGAGCAGAGGAGGCGGAGACACCUGAAGGCAGUAUGGUGUCUUCCUGCGCAGGAGACCUCAGCGAGUACUGUGAUUGGACCUACGACAACUGCCCCGGCAACCUACCAAAUGAGGAAGAGGCCUCAAGAUGCGAGCUAGAGAAUGAUGGCGUCGACUACCAGAGCAUCAUGGAAGAGGAUGGGAGUAUUCUCAUGUAUAAAGCAAGUAAUGAGGGGACACCUGACUUAAACGCGACACGCCCACAAGGCCAAACCAAGAUGGACCAGUCCGGUUGGUCUAGAGAGAGUCUCAGUGCACCCCAGACCCCGAAGAGAGAGGAGCAGUCCAUCUAUGAGGAGUCCUUUGUGUCCAUAAGCCCUGGUGCGGCGGCGGCCGUCGUGACCCCCACACAGCAUGGGAACGGUAUGUCUGUGUCCUCUCUAGUCAACCUGAACCAGACUUUUGAUAUCUCUCCUUCACGGGUCACAGGAGCUAGACUGAGCACAGCCGACCAUUCAACAAAUACUUCGCCUGCCGUCACCAAACAUGACAUCUUGGUUGGUAUUGACCACAGUCUAACAGGCUGCAACCAGAACACACAAACUCGGGGCACAACUACAACUGACAAGUAUGUCAUCACUGAAGUCCACAUGGCAGACCUGGACUAUCUCACUGAGGAAUUCAUCAAGCUGAAAUUUGCUCAAGAGGAACUGAAAGAGCUGAAAGAGAAAAUGGCAAGCUCUGCAGGCGGUGUGAGUGUGAGAGAUGGAAGAGGCUGCGGUGACGCAGACCGUGGUGAAUGUGACUGUGUCCAGCGUGCCAGGCGGGCAGAGCUGAGCCUGCUGGCCCUGCAGUAUUGGAUGUGCCAACGGCACUGCUGGAGUCGCUACUACACCUCACCCGAGGGAGACCGUCUGGUCCAGGGGACUGAGGGGCCGCCUGAGAGCCUGGUGAAGGUGCUGCAGGUCCUGGAGGUAGACUACAGAGAGAUGAGGAGACAGGUCCUGUCAGGUAUACCCCUGGACCAGCUCAGACCCCUGUCUGUCGACUCCCAGAGGAUCACCUCAGGGACCAGCUACGUCCCCCAACAGAUAGUUGACGAGUCUUUGGGAAAUGCUCUGUCUGAUGUCUCAGAUAGGAGCUCCCAGCAGUUGCUGGUAGAGGAUGCCCGCGUAGAGGACGUUAGUGUAGUUGGUGAAGGAGAUGGAGAGUUAAACAGACUGGUGUCCCAGUCUGUUUUAUCAGUCCUUGGACAGGAUGAUGGGAUGGUUGGCAGGAUGAAGGCAGAAGGGCCAGUUGGUAACCCCAAGGCUGAGGACUGCAGGUCUGGGAAGGCAGUCACCCUCCUCCCCCAGCAGCCUGUGGUCAACCGGGGGCCCAGGCCAGGUGGAACCAAAGACCACAACUCUAGCGAGGCGUGGUACGAUGCAGAGGAGGACCUUGAGCCUGAUGGUGUAGAGCUGAAGGAAGGAGGUCUGGCUGAGGUCCCGGAGGAGGAAGGAAAUGGAGUGGUUGGGGAGAAGGAUCAGAGCUCCUUCCUGUGUGUCACAGACCUACCCAGUGAUGUAACGGAGAGAGAAGUAAUGCUCUGGUUUGAGAAGUAUCAAGCAUCUGAAGUGAGCAUUUCCACCUUCAGCAACAACCUCCGAGUUGCCAUAGUGACUGUGAGUGGUCCAAAGAUGGCUGACAGUGCAUUGAGUGAGAUGGACGGGUGCAAUAUGCAGGGACACACGGUGCAUGUGGUGCACAUCUGCAGACCAAGCCACACUGGGAGCCAGGGUCAGGGGGGGCAAACCCAGCAACAGCCUGGUCCCUCAGCCAGCACCAAGGCAGGGCCCUCUGGAGACGCCCCAGGCCCCCAAGACUCCAAGAGCAAAAACACCCAUAUCACCACCCCACUGAAGCCCCUGCAGCUCAGCCUCCAGAAGAGGACCACCGUGUGUGACUCCCCCACGGCGUCGGGGACCUGUGUGCCCCAGCACUACGCCACCAUGGGUAGCUUCGAUACACUGAUGGCCCAGUUGUCAGAGCGCCACCCAGAGGCGGGGAGGCAGAGGAUUGUUGACGCCUUGCUGGAGCUGAGGGCCAAACACCAGGGGUUCCUCAGCGGCCUGCCUCUCAAGACCAUUGUAAACAUGACCUCUGACCUGCUGACACGAUAAGGACUCCACUUCCUAUUCUAUUGUUGACUCCACUCUCUCCAAUCUGUUGUUAUUUGCCUUUGUGUUGAAACACAGGUUACAGGUUUGCCCAAAGCCAGGCUUUUGAUUUACUUAAAUGUAGUAAGGAACUUAUCCACUGUUUUGUUUGUUCCUCAGAGAGGGCAUGUUAUUACUCUACUCUUUUGCUACAGUACUUAGUGAAUUGUUUUAUGUACUUUUGAGCCUGAAAAGUGCAAAUAUGAAGAAGAAAUAUAUAUUUUUAGUUUGCAAAUUGUUAAAAAUUACAUUUGACUUUUUAAGUUAAUUCAAGUCAUGGUAGAAUUGCAAAGGAGUUUUUAUGUUCUGUUUUAGUUAAAUACAUCUGAAAACCUGAAAUAUUGAUCUUGGAUAUCAGAGUAGGUUACGUUUUUUUAAAAUUAAUCAGUUUUGUUCUCCACAGGACAAUUUGAUUAAUUAUGUCUGGAAGGAUAGUUCACGUAUCCUCCAGAUUCAACCAUUUUCCCCUUUGUCCAUCCUCUCAGUAUUGGAAUACUGUUAUUGUCAAAGCUACAGUGCCUUCAGAAAGUAUUCAUACCCCUUGACUUAUUCCACAUUUUGUUGU